CCAACUUAACGCUUAAAAGUAGCUGCUCUGGUUCUAGUUGAAGACAGGACAAUAUGAGACCGGUCGUUAAGGUUAAAGAUGGCGCAAGUAAACAGAUGAUGUGUACCGACUCUCCUUGUAAAGAAGGAGAAGUUGGCAUGGUGUUUAAUUCAUGGUGUUGGCAUGGUGUUGAAUUCAGCUGACUACUCCGCCGGCCCUUCGACUAGCACCACCGAGCCUCAAUCGGUCCUCGUCGAGGCUCCAACUUGGGAACUAAAUUCGACCCUUCAUGGCCGCCACAGGGGUUUUUUCUCUAGAUGACGAGUUCUGGUCCGGCCUAGGCUCUCCGUCUCCCGAACCAUCUUUUUCUUCUCUGUGGAAUUCAGAUGACUUCUCCGCCGGCCCUUCGACUAAAACCACCGGGCCUCAUCCGGUGCUUGUCGGGCCUCCAACUUGGGAACUAAAUUCGCCCUCGGUGGUCGCCACAGUGGAUUUUUCUCUAGAUGACGAGUUCUGGUCCGCCGUAGGCUCUCCGUUUCCCGAUCUAUCCUUUUCUUCUCUGUGGAUUUCAGAUGAUUUCUCCGCCGGCCCUUCGACUGACACCACCGGGCCUCAGCCGGAGCUUGCCGAGCCUCCACAUCGGGAACUAAAUUUGCCAUCCAUGGCCGCCACACGGGAUCUUUCUCUAGAUGACAAGUUCAGGUCCGCCGCAGGCUCUCCGUGUCCCGAUGGCACCACCGGGGCUCCACCGGUCCCUGUCGAGCCUCCAACUCGUUUCAGGCUGGGCAAAGGAAUGACAGUGGAGGUUAACAAACACCUUGGACUUUCUGAACCGUAUUUUUUUGUUGUUGAGUUCAACCACACACCACAGGGGGAAAGCAUAAAUUGGAGAAAUGUAGAGAUUAAUUAUCCAGAUAUUGACAAAGCCUUCAAAGACCAAGAGUCCUACGUUACUCUUUUUGAGCGUCAAGUGAUGGUGAUUGGACAAAAAUUAGCAUAUCUUCGUCCAGAUGCUAAAGAUUUCAGCGUCCUCAAAAAGGGUGCAUGCGAUCUUGUGCUCGAAGUGGAGGAUUUCUUACUAAAUAAUAGAAAAGAUUUUCUCCCGAAGAGUAAAUUUUCUCGCUGCAAAGAGCUAGAGAUUGUCUUUGGACGAAUGAAACUUCAAAAUGUUCAGAUGAAAGGCAUAUCUUCUGGUGUCAUCCUCAUGUGUAUCCAACUAAAAGGCAGAUAUGUUAUGGGGAGAAUAGACAUAAUUGGUCAUCGGAAGACUCAGUUUUGCAAUGGACGACCGGAAAUUGCUUUCGGAGAAGGACUGCGAGAGGAAAUAUUUGUACAAACUAUCAAAUCUUUUCCCAAUAACGAACCUGAUUUGAGUCAUGACUAUGUUCAAAUAUCUCAAAAUACUAGGUCUCCACAAGGUCCUCAAGCUUAUCCAAAUGGGGCAGACAUGCGAAUAGGUUCAUCUGAGCAGCAACCAAUGGUAGACUUUGAUGUCACAUGCAUCAGAGGGAACGUUGUUAUUACGGAUCAAAGUGACAUUCCUGUUACAGAUUCAGAAAAGAAUAGCAGAAAAAUGAUAUCUCCAUUACUUAGUCCAGAGUUUCUUCCACAACUUUAUGGAACGAAGCUCGAUGAUGCUGCAAAGUGCCUUAGUGUUAGCCGAACUACGUUGAAGCGCUUCUGUAGGAAGCAUGGGAUCUUGAAAUGGCCAUUUCGCAAGGGAAAGAAAGGUAGUAACGACCUCCCUAAGCUAAAUUGUGGAAAUGAAUCUGUACGAGGUACUGAGGGAGCACUCUGUCAACCUAGUUUCACUAUAGGUCCAAUUAAUCGUGUUCUUGGUUCAAUGUGCUCGCCUGCCGAAUUGAGAAGAUCCAACCUACAACAGACAGAAGCAAUUCCAUCAGCACCAUAUUGCAUCCCAAAUACUCCAGUUUCCAUGCAGCCUAGAACCUCAGCUAGACAAAUGCCCACUGAGCAUAAAGUGUCUCCUAUUGUUGAUCCAAUGCCAGAUGUUGCAGCAAUGCAAGAUAUGAAGACCUUCAACAUAAAGGCCACAUAUAGAACUGGUAUUAUACAAUUUCCGCUUUCUUCUUUGUCACGAAAGACAGAGUUAGAGGAUAACGUCUCAGAGAGUCUGAAGUUGAUGCGUGGAAAGUUUAGCAUCAGCUACCUGGAUACUGAGGAGGGUGAUUGGAUUUUAAUAACCCGUGAUAAGGACUUACAAUAUUGCAUGGAUGUUUCGAAGCAAUUGGGCAAGAGGACGAUCAAAAUGUUGAUUGAGGACAUAGGUUCGGUAUAGAUAGUAUUUGUUAAAUACUAACACCUUAUCCGCCAAAAAAAAACAAGAAGAAGAAUAGUAAAACUUUUUUUUUUAAUAUGCUGGUUGUGCACUAAGAUUUAUUCUAAUAUAGGAUUCUCUCGAUGUUUUCUAUG